CGGACGGUCCGCGCCAAAGCUCAGUCAGACAGAGCACGACUGAAUCUUACGGCGGAACGCGUACAGCUUACGCAGCUAAACCCAGUGACAUUGUGUUCAUGUAGUUCGUUCACACCGGUUCGCCCGUCCUUGGUGUUUAUCAAGAGGACGAGCAUCACUGGAUUUUAACGCUGAGGAUUGUAUUCGUUUUGUUUGUUUACCUCUUUCUCUCGGCGCUGGAUCAGCACGCACGGCGGCGGUGAUACUCUGUCAGCGAGGCGGUGCGGUGGGCGCACUGCACCGGGAUCUAAACUCAGCCUCGCCUUGGUGCCUUUGACCAGCACCACCGCUAGUUUACUAAACUUUUUUCUGCUUUGGACUCACCUUUACCGCGAACAGAAUAAAAACACACACACAAAACAGCGGGAUUUCUUUUUGUAUUCUACAUGUAUUGAAAUAUGUUGCUGUCAAAGUUCGGCUCUUUUUCUCACAUCUGCAACCCAAACAGCAUGGAUCAUCUGCCGGUGAAAAUUCAGCUCCAGCCCGUGAAAGUGGAGCCGGAGCCCUUUGAGAAGGUCUAUCAAGUGGGCUCGGUGCUUGGAAGCGGUGGUUUUGGGACGGUGUACGCCGGCAGCCGCCUUUCUGACGGUUUACCGGUCGCCGUUAAGCAUGUGGCGAAGGAGAGAGUCACGGAAUGGGGUUCUAUUAAUGGCGUGAUGGUGCCUUUGGAAAUCGUGCUGCUGAAGAAAGUGGGCUCCUCGUUUCGAGGCGUCAUAAAGCUGCUGGACUGGUACGAGAGGCCGGACGGCUGGUUAAUCGUCAUGGAGAGGCCGGAGCUGGUCAAAGACCUCUUCGACUUCAUCACCGAGAAGGGCGCUCUGGACGAGGCCACCGCGCGGGGCUUUUUCCGCCAAGUGCUGGAGGCUGUGCGACACUGCUACAGCUGCGGCGUGGUUCAUCGGGACAUCAAGGACGAGAACCUGCUGGUGGAUCUGCGCACCGGCGACCUCAAGCUUAUCGACUUCGGCUCGGGGGCCUUCCUCAAGGACACGGUGUACACAGACUUUGACGGUACGAGAGUGUACAGUCCACCAGAGUGGAUCCGUUUCCACAGAUACCACGGACGCUCGGCAACCAUCUGGUCGCUAGGGGUGCUGCUGUACGACAUGGUCUGUGGAGACAUCCCCUUCGAGCAGGAUGAGGAGAUCCUCAGAGGGCGCCUUUACUUUAGAAGGCGAAUCUCCACAGAGUGCCAGCAGUUGAUCAAGUGGUGCCUAUCACUGAGACCGUCAGACAGGCCAACGCUGGAGCAGAUAUUCGAGCACCCAUGGAUGCGUCCCGCAGAAGUGUCCAAAGCGGAAGAAAGCGACAUUCGACUCCGGACCAUCAGCACGGACACUUCCAGCAUGAGCUCCAGCAAGGAGAGUCUUUGAAAGAAGGCCUUCACUUUAAGGAGUGGCUGGGACUCAAACGGACUUCUAAUCUGCUGCCUUGCCAUCGCUGGGCUUGCAGAUUCUUUUUUUUUCCCUCUUGUAGGGAAUCAUAAUUUAUUACAGUUUGCUCUUCCUUUGUAUCUUUUUAUUUGUUCCUUUUUUAUGAUUUAUAAAUCGUUUCCUGAUGGGGGAACAUUUUGCCAUUUGGGCGGACUUACCAGCACUAUUUAUUAUUAUUAUUAUUAUUAUUAUUAUUAUUAUUAUUAUUAUCAUUAUUGUUACAAGGCUGGUUUAUGCAUCUGGCAAGCCUCCUACACAGAUGUGGCUGCUCUCAUAGAGCUUGGAGAACUUUUUAUUUAAAUGUUUUAAUUUUUGAUUUGGAGUGCCUUUUUGAAAGCUGCUAUUUGGGGGCUUUCAUCAUUGCUUCUUU